GAAAAGGGUCUGGUAAGAAAAACCAAAUGAAAGAAAUCACCAAGACACCAAUCAGAAGACUAGGACAUUUUGGAUCCCAAGAAACUAGACUUGCACUUUCCUGAGCUGUGUUUAGUGAAUUUGUCAAUUAUGCACAAUAUAAUACAAUCAAAUUAAACCAAAAAAAAAAAACAUUACUUUAAUUAUAGCAAAUAAAGUAUGUUUUAUUUAUAAAAUAUAUUUUCAAAAUAAUUCAGUAUAAUACAAUAUUGCUUAAAACCAUAUUUUAUAAAAUGAGUAUACUACAAGCAAUUCAAACAAGUGUAAUGUUUAAUUAGGGGGGAAAAAAAAUCCCCUCUUUGUUGUUUCCCUUAUUAACAGAAUUCAAAAAGACGACAAAAUUCGUCAUUCUUCCCAAUCGUAUUGUUUCUUCCUCAUCCAAUGCCUGCUCAGUCCUUAGCUUUGCUCGCCAAAUCUGUCAUUCAAACGGAAUGGAUUCUCCAUUUUCGUCGUUACAUGUAGCUCUGUUUCACUGAAGUCUCAAUUGUAAGCAUCAAGGGUUAUACUAGUCUUGUGCCCACCAACUGUUCGACCAAAUGCUCAGCAGAAGUUAUUUCAUGUUUUCGACCACCAAUGAGUCCUUUCCUUGGUCUUCUUCAUCCACAUAUCCCAUCUCCCAGACUAGUAGUACCAGUACUGCUGCUUCUAGAACACAUUCAAGUCUUGGAAGAAAAGGGAAAAGAGAUGUAAUCAUGGCUGUAUCUAGUAAUAACAAAACUAACCACAUAAAACUUCCAAAAAACCUUAGGAAUCCUCGGCGACCAAAGCGACCACCAAACAUGGACUAUAACUUCAAAAGGGUCUUGUAUGAAAAUGAUGAAGAAACGACCAAUGACAACAUACCCAGUGUAAUCCCACAAGUGAGGUCUGGAAUUGAUGAAGUAGAAAAAGGAAGGAUGUGUGAUGAUGAGGGAAUUAUAUGGGAAUCGGAUGAGAUGGACGCGAUUUCAUCUCUUUUUAAAGGGAGGAUCCCUCAGAAGCCUGGAAAAUUGGAUAGAGAGAGGCCUUUACCUCUGCCAAUUCCUUACAAGAUUCGGCCUUUGGGACUUCCUACACCAAAAAGAUUCGCGAAUCAUUCAAGGCAAUCGAUAUCAAAGCAAGUGUACAAGAAUCCCACUUUCUUGAUUGGUUUGGCUAAAGAAAUUCAGGGUCUUUCAGCUCAGGAAAAUGUAUCAAAAGUUCUUGGUAAAUGGAGCCCGUUUCUUCGAAAAGGAUCGUUGUCAUUGACAAUCCGAGAGUUGGGUUAUUUGGGCCUUCCUGAGAGAGCUUUGGAAACAUUCUGUUGGGUGAAGAAACAACCCCAUUUAUUCCCUGAUGAUUAUAUUCUUGCUUCUACCGUUGAAGUUCUUGCCGGGUCAAACGAGUUAAAAAUGCCGUUUGAUUUGGAUAAGUUCACUGGCUUGGCUAGUCGGAGUGUGUAUGAAGCGAUGUUAAGGGGUUAUAUUAAAGGAGGAAGCUUGAAGCUUGCUUUGAAGCUUCUUUCAAUGGCUAAGGAAUCUAACAGAGUGCUUGAUACUGGGGUGUAUGCUAAGCUAAUCUUACAGCUUGGUAAGGAUCCUGAUAAAAGCACACUUGUCUUGGUAUUAUUAGAGGAGCUUGCUGUGAGAGAUGAUCUGAAUUUGACACCACAAGACUGUACAGCUAUCAUGAAGAUUUGCAUUAGGCUGGGAAGAUUUGAAAUUGUGGAGGGACUAUAUGAUUGGUUCAGGAAAUCUGGUGGUAAUCCAGGUGUAGUUAUGUAUACUACUAUGAUUCACUGUCGUUAUUCAGCGAACAAAUAUAGAGAUGCAUUAGCCAUGCUAUGGGAAAUGGAAGCUUCAAAUUGCCUUUUUGAUCUACCAGCUUAUCGUGUAGUGAUUAAGCUCUUUGUUGCUUUGAACGAUCUUUCAAGGGCUGUACGCUAUUUCUCUAAACUUAAGGAAGCGGGUUUUAGUCCAACUUUUGAUAUAUACUGCAGCUUGAUCAGAAUUUAUAUGGCUUCUGGAAGGCUGGCCAAGUGUAAGGAUAUCUGCAAGGAGGCAGAGAUGGCUGGAUUCAGGUUUGACGAACAUACAAUGUUAAAGUUGCAUCAGUAAAUUGUUGUAUCUUGUGAUGUAUUUACAUGUAAUUUAGAGUUCCUGUUUUUUAUAUUCAGAUCUUUAUCCCACCCCUCUUCUCAUUUGCAUAGUUAAAUGCAUUGUAGUUGUUGGCAUCCAUAGGUUCUUGUAACUAUUCCAGCUUUGGUGUCUGUAUAAUGAUGCAAUUUUGCAAUUGAGUUUCUGGA